GGUACAUACCCUGGCAAGCUGUCACGUCCGAGGCCGAGGUUCGCGCAGCUGUCGACGAGGCAUUGAAGGACAGCGGUGAGGCUUUCCCGUCCGUCGCCAAAACGUGGGCUCUGCAGCGCGAUCUCCUCGACAAUCCGGCGGUCGCCGCGCUUGAGUGAGGGUCUCGGUACCUUGUCCAGUACCUACGCUAAGCCCCCUCGUAGGAUUAUGCAAGCGGCCAACUACCACCCCGCCGUCGGCAUCACGCCUGAGCCCGGGAAAGUCCACUGCUCUAUCGGCGGCCUCCUCCAACGCGCCUUCUCGCGCGGCUCGGUGCACAUUCAAUCCGCCGACCCGCUCGCCGCGCCAGCCAUCGACCCGCAAUUCCUGAGCAAGAAGGCCGACCUCACGCUCCUCGUCGACUCCGUGCGCUUCAUCCGCAAGCUCGUGCAGACCGAGGGCUACAAGGCCGCGCUGACGCGCGAAGUCGCGCCAGGCCCGGCAGUGCAGACGCAGGAGGAGCUGGAAAAGUAUGUGAUCGACAACUUUCAGACGGUGUUCCACCCGGUGAGCACGGCGACGAUGCUGCCGCGCGAGGACGGGGGUGUGGUGGAUGCGAACUUGAAGGUGUAUGGGACUGCGAACGUGCGGGUGGCGGAUGCCUCCGUUAUUCCUCUCCAUAUCGCUGCACACCCGCAGUCAACGGUCUAUGCUAUCGCAGAGAAGGUUAGUUUGCCUUCAUGCCGAGCGAUCGCAGAAGCUUACAUCUUUCAGGCCGCCGAUAUCAUACUGCAGGCGAAGUGA